GUUGUAUGUGGGAGCAGGAGGAGAGACUCUGCAGUGUCUUGGCAGCUGCAUUAGUGCAUCUCCCACCGUCCGCGAUGCCUCCACGGCCGAUGCCAGCCUCCUCCGCGUCCACUUGACAACAGACACCGAUAUGAACUGGUCAGGAAACUGAGCUGGACGUUUUCCUUCAGAGAGCUGUAUGCCCCGGAGACAGUCCGGAGCUUUUCAUCCACGCACCGAAAGCCCGUGACGAGAAUUUUUAAUGGAAAAUGGCGAUAGGCAAAAGGUCUUGCAGCAUCGUCUGCUUGGUAUCUAUCCAGAUUAUCUUGAUUUUCAGCGCAUCGUGGCCUGGAGCAGAGGGUCUCACAUUUCCUCAGCAAUACACGAUAAUGCACUGGGCCAGGCGUAUCGAACAGGAGAUUGACAGAGUCUUUCAACACAUCACUGGAGCUCAGCAGUUGAAAGGGAUUUACAAUGAAGAAAGGCGGCGGUUUAGCCUGGUGAAGAAUCAGCCUCGGAAGAUUGUGGAGAAGGUGGCGUCAGAUAUAGAGAAACUUCUGGCUAAGAAGCGCAAAGCCCUCGAUAGGUUAGCCAGUGAAGCGGAGCGUCUCCAGCGAGAGCAUAUGUGGAAGGAUGGAAUCAAGGAGCUGGACAUGGCGUAUUAUGACUCUAAGGCAGAGCUGGAUUAUUAUUCGAUGGACGGAGAAGGAGAAGUGGAAAAUCCCUCCCACAUCAAGCUGGAGUUUGUGUACGAUCCAAACUUCAAAAACAAUGUCAAUUAUUCGUACACUGCUGUUCAGAUUCCUACAGAUAUUUAUAAAGGAGCUCCAGUUAUUCUGAAUGAGUUAAACUGGACUCAGGCACUGGAGAAGGUGUUCAUGGAGAACAGUCGGGAGGAUCCGUCGUUGCUGUGGCAGGCGUUUGGAAGUGCCACUGGAGUCACCCGCUACUACCCAGCUACACCUUGGAAAGCACCUGAUAAAAUUGACCUGUAUGAUGUCAGGCGGAGGCCAUGGUACAUCCAGGGCGCCUCAUCUCCCAAAGAUAUGGUGAUACUUGUCGAUGUGAGUGGCAGCGUCAGUGGACUUACCCUUAAACUAAUCAAAGCUUCAGUGAUGGAAAUGCUCGACACUCUUUCUGAUGAUGACUAUGUCAAUGUAGCCAGGUUUAAUGAAAAAGCAGAGGCCGUGGUUCCUUGCUUUAAACAUCUAGUCCAGGCAAAUGUGCGCAAUAAGAAGAUUUUUAAAGACGCAGUGCAGCAGAUGCAGGCGAAAGGCACGACUGACUACAAGUCUGGAUUUCACUUUGCCUUCAACCAGCUGUUAAACAAGACAAAUGUUCCUCGGGCCAACUGCAAUAAAAUAAUCAUGCUGUUUACUGAUGGAGGAGAGGACAGAGCUCAGGAUGUUUUCAUGCAAUACAACUGGCCCAACAAAACAGUUCGAGUGUUCACUUUUUCUGUGGGUCAGCACAACUAUGAUGUCACACCUUUGCAGUGGAUUGCAUGCACGAAUAAAGGUUACUAUUUUGAGAUCCGUUCCAUCUGUGCUAUAAGGAUUAACACCCAGGAGUAUCUCGAUGUGUUGGGACGCCCCAUGGUUUUGGCAGGCAGCGAUGCCAAGCAGGUUCAGUGGACCAAUGUGUAUCAGGAUGCUUUGGGUCUUGGCAUGGUAGUAACGGGAACUUUACCUGUAUUUAACCUCACCAUGGAUGGAAACUCACAGAAUCAGUUGAUAUUAGGUGUUAUGGGAGUUGACGUGCAUCUUGAUGAAAUAAAGCGUCUGACGCCACGAUUCAAUCUUGGAGCUAAUGGGUACAUAUUUGCAAUCGAUCCAAAUGGAUAUCUUCUGCUUCAUCCUAAUCUUCAGCCAAAGCUUGUGAACCUGCCUGAGCCUGUGACACUCGACUUUCUGGAUGCAGAGGUGGAGGACAGCAAUAAAGAAGAGAUCCGGAGACAAAUGAUUGAUGGACGACCAGGUGAAAUGCAGAUCAAAACCCUUCUCAAGUCAAUUGAUGAACAAUACAUUGAUGAUGUGUUCAGGGGCUACACCUGGACUCCGAUCAACGGUACAGAUUACAGUCUGGGCUUGGUAUUACCCCCUUACAAUGAGUACUACAUUCAGGCAGACCUCAGUGAUGUGAUGCUGCAGCUUCAGUAUAUGCAGUCGUUGCUGCCCAGCUCCUUUGAAUCUUCAGGACAUGUGUUUCUGGCUCCAAGGGAAUACUGCAAACGUCUGCAUCUCUCUGACAACAACACCCAGUUUCUGCAGAACUUCCUUUCUCUGAUGCUCGACAUUUCCCCAGAAUCUGACGAGUGUGACCAAGGCCUCAUUCAUAACCUUAUUUUGGAUUCACGGAUUAUUGGACAGCUGGCAUCACGUGUGUGGAAAAACAAGGACCUCAAUUCGUACGGCUUCCUGGCAGUAUUUGCUUCCACAGAUGGAGGAAUUACGCGAGUAUUUCCUAAUAUCGCUGCUGAAAUGUGGGAUGAGAAUCCUGAACCCUUCAACUCAAAUUACUACAGACGAAGUCUUGAUAACAGAGGCUACAUGUUUCAAGCUCCGCUGAGGUCCUCUUUGGAUGACCCUGUAGGAGCAGAAAACGGCACAGUUGGAAUCCUUGUUAGUUCAGCUGUGGAGGUCAAUUUAGGAGGCAAGCUCCUCAAACCAUCAGUGGUGGGUGUGAAGCUGGAUUUGGAGGCCUGGGUAGACAAAUUUAAGAUCUUGGCCAGCAACGUGUCAGACAGUCGACAGGGUUCACACAAGUGCGGACCCUCCAGGAGCUGUGAGAUGGACUGUGAGGUGAACACAGAUGACCUCCUCUGUUAUCUUAUCGAUGAUGGUGGUUUUCUGGUCAUGUCCAAUCAGAGAGAUCACUGGAAAAAGGUGGGUCUUUUCUUCGGUGAUGUGGACCCGUAUCUGAUGUAUGCCCUCUACAACAACUCCAUCUACACCCGGCGUCAGUCGUUCCUUUACCAGUCUGCAUGUGAACCAGUCAGCAGCAGCCACACUGGUGCAGCGCCCAGAGGCAUCUUUGUGCCAUCCAUCGCUGACGUCCUCAGUUUGGCCUGGUGGACGUCCACAGUGGCAUGGUCUGUGACCCAGCAGCUACUGUACAGACUGGCCUACAACAGCUGGCUUUACCAAGAUGACGUUCUGGUGGACGGUUUCGAGACCAAGGAAAGCAGCUGUGUGACCAUCCAAAGCCAGUUCUAUUUCACAAACACCACCAACUCCUACAACGUGCUGCAGGACUGUGGAAACUGCUCACGGCUGUUCCACGCGAAGCGGAUAGAAAACACAAACCUCCUUUUCGUGGUUGCUGAGACGCUGCCCUGUAGCUCCUGUGAAAUCGAGAGGUUGACCCAGGUCAGGACAGAGUUCCAGGAGGAGAAUCCGUGUGAAGUAUUGAGCAACGCUCGAUAUCGUAAAGGCCCAGCAUCCUGCUUUGACUAUAGUGCCUUAGAAAACACAUCAGAGUGUGGACGGGGUCAUUUUCUGCAAGCCUCCAUAGGACUCCUUUUCUUCGUUCAGCUUUUUCGGCCUCUCUUUCAUCUCUGACAUGUGCAUACACUCUAAAUGACAUCUUUCAUCUCUUUGGGUUUAGGCUCAGAUCUACUCAAGGUUAGAUCAAACAAAAGCUGCACAUUUCUUCAUUUUUGAUCUACAAAAAGCACACAGCGCAUAGUGCUGGAAAAAAAAAAGCUCUUCGUGUUUAUGCCUUAUUGCUUAUGCAUCUGUUUGUGUUACAGGGCUCAAGUGUUGAAUAUAGAGGGAGAAUGUGUUAAGUGUGCAUGCUACAUAAACUCAGACACAUAUGUUUGAAAUAUUGGCUGGUAAUUGACUGGAGAAAUACUUUAAACAAGCUCAUAGAUCGUCUGAAAUAAAGCACAAACAUGGUGGGGAUUGACAUUUGAGAACAAAACCCUAAAAAGUCAGCGUAUUUGUAAUUGUUUUAUGGAAAAUACACCACUUCACACAUUAGCAGAUGCCCUACUUUUACACAAAAGUGCUCAGUGAUACAGCUGGGGAUAUUUUGGGAUUAACUAAGAGGCGUAGCAGCAUUAUGAAGUGCAGAUGUCUUAUUGCCACUUUCUGAAUAUGCUGUUUUACGUGAAUUUCCAGCUGCAGAUUUGGUGUUUUUUUACAGCUGCUGAGUAAAUAGAGCCAAUGUACUUUUCUGGUUUUACAUUGUGCAGGCCACACAUGAAGCUACUCGCUACAGCAUGAAAAUGUACAUAAAUAAGAUGAAAGAGCUGCUGACUGAGCGCCGCAGACUCCCACCUGUCGUUUGCACAGAUGUUGCUUGUGCUUCCGCUUUUGUUGGCUUUGUAAAAUUCAGAUUGAAUCUAUCUGCAUCAUCUGCAUGUCUGGUCCCAGUAGAUGUCUUCACACAAACAUCUACAGCAGUUUUUAGAUGAUGGUAGAUCUGGGCCUUAACCUCACAUUUAUUUCAGUGUCUUUCAAUCUACGUUUGACCUUUGCCAAGACAUUUUGAGUACUGUAAAUUACAUCGGACGACACACGACCCAGAAUGAUUUCCCCCCUGCCCUCUCAAAUAUGCUCAUAAAUCACUUAAAUCCAACUGUGUUUUAGACAAAAUUGAAUAGAAAUCUUUUAGUUCUCAGAGCACUUUGUCAGAAAAAAUAUCAGUAUGACUGAAAAUACCAAUGUUUGACCUCAAGCAAGAUUUUGUGACUUUUCGUAACACAUAUCAGCGAUGAAACUAUGUAGUCUUAGUCAAAUACAAGGAUUGUUAAAGUCAGAAUAAUUUGAUGAAAUGCUUCCACAGAUAUUUGCUACAGUUAUGAAGUGCUUCCAGUUCAGUAUGAAGUCCGUGAAAUCAGA